GCUCAUUCUGAUUCUGAUCUCGGUCGCAACUCAAAAUCUGAGGUCACAAAUGUUAAGGCACGAGGCAGUAACCGACAACAUUGAUGAAAAAGAGAACAGCUAUGAUUCGAUGAUGCAGUCACUCAGGCGUCAAUCAACGACACCACACGACUCUCCAUCAAAAUCUUCAAUGUAGGACAGCAAGAGCAGUAAGUUUCACAUAGAUGACCACCUCCAGUACAGAUUCAGGCUCUUCUACAUUUUUUAGCCUGGUGUCUGACUCAUCCUCGGGUCUUGUAGUACUUACUUUCCUAGCUUGGUGGGGCGGGACCUGAAGUAUCUCGACAAUCUCUUUACUGUUUUAGUCGAAAAAUGAUUAUUUCAUAUUUAUAUAUAACCCACAGGAAAAGGAAAUAUUUUUCCGGAAAUAACAACUGCUUCGGUGCUCGUCGUACUAUGACUCAGUUAGAAAUAUGAACGCAUAUUUCUGCUAAUAUCGCCUAUAAAUAUUUCUUAAAAGUAGAACAAGAAAUUCUCAAUUUCUAUCGUCAUCUUCGCCCAUGGUUGCUUACUCACAGAAUUCAAACAAGUGCUUCCCCGCUACACUGAUAGUAUUUAUGGAAAUGCGAAAAAUUUGAUUGAUGGUUACCAAAAUUUCGCUCAUCCUUAACCUUAUCGAGCGAUCACUUACAAGUGGAUGGGAAGAGCAGUACGUGCUGCAGCAUGUAUGCAUUCUCCGACCAAUGAGAAUAUCAAACAUCUUUUCUUGGUAGUAGUACAAGACACUGAGAAAAGGAAAUCAUGGCUCGUGAACUUUUAGAUCAACUUCUCGCUAGAGUCAGUGUAUCAAAGGCAUUCUUGCAUACCCCGUAUUCUCAUUGUGCUUGUAUUUAUAUUUCUUUUGGAACUUGACGUUGAUACACCGCAGCAUACCGCUGCCUGGCUUCCUUACUUUAUGUAUUCUUGUAGUAACGAAAUGAUACGCGGAAAUAAACUCAAAUUCUUCGCGAUGGGUAUUUUCUCGGAAACUUUCAAGGUUGAUACCUUGAAUGAAGGGCGUGUUUUAUGAUCAUUCGAUUUUCGAUUAAGGUUAUCUGGACAAGGUUAGUAGACAUGUAGUGUCGAGUAAAAUUAAUUGCAAAUUCUCCUUCGUUAUUCCAGAAGUUGUAAAGAGAGGCGCAGCGCCGGCCUUACAACACGGGGAAAAUGCGCGCUUUCGGAGGCGGGACCGUGGGUGCACAGUCGCUGUGGACUGGCACCUCCACUUCCUCAACGCUGAGUAGACGGAGUUUUUACUCUUCAACUUCUACAACAUCCAAGUGCUCCUCGUGCUGCGCUGGCGAUCUUCGAAGCAGAUGGCGUACAAGAUUGAAGAUACCAUCGAGCACUUUUGGCGGCUGCGAAACCAUGAGAGUUUUAUUUUCUGCCAGGAGUGACGGCGCUGCUGGAAUAAGUGGCCUCUUCGACAGGUAUCGCAGUCACAUGAAAAAGAUCAAGAGCAGAAUACGGACGUCAACAACCUCACGCGCAAGUAGGAGUACUAAGAAGCUGGAGGAGUUCUUGUACGGAGCCCACUUUUCUGAUCCUCCGAGUAUAUGGGCGAGGAGUAAUUCGUUUUUUGGCUUGUCUUCCCAUUUAGCAGAAGGGACAAGAUCAUCGCGCGGGCCGCUCGUGAGCUUUUUUCCGCGCUUUGGGACUACUUCUUUUCAUCACGUGUGCGAAUACAGCAGAUUGUCUUUUCUGAGGACGGCAAGAAGUCGCGAAAUGCAGCAGACGCUCCUCCUGAGCAGAUUUUUUUCAUCUUCAUCUUCAACAUCCUCACAUUCGUCCACAGCGAGUAAUAGUACACGGCUUAACAACACCGUUUCUUACAUCCGGUAUAUCCCUGUCAACUUCGCUACGACGAACGCGGCGUCGCAAGUAGAUGCCAGCUCUAGCGGUACCAGUCCUACCCGUAACUUCCACACAUACGUGUCCCCCGUCCGCUUAAAGGUCGCCGAUACCCCUGAGCAAGAACCUUCAUCCGCGGAAAGCGCAGCUGCAGCGCUGAAAGCCCACGUGAUGAAGCCAGUGACAAGUGCACAACUGCGAACGGUCUUCAUUGCCUCAGCUGUUCCUUUUAUUGGCUUCGGGUUUUUAGACAAUUUUUUGAUGAUUCUAGUCGGUGACAUAGUGGAUGCGACUCUGUGCGUGAAAUUCGGCUUCUCCACGAUGGCCGCCGCCGCUUUAGGCAACACAUUCAGCGACGUUUGUGGUGUUUUUUCUGGCGGCGUGAUAGAAGACAUGGCCCAACGGCAGGGUUUGGAGAUGCCGCCGCUCGAUGCCGAUCAGCUGAGGGCAACUCCAGUGAAAGUGUACCAGUACAUGGGGCAGGCCUUCGGUUAUGUUAGUCAGAAAUGCAUCUUGUUGCCGAUCCAUUUCCACGACGUCAAGAUGAUCACGAAGCAUAUAAUAUCUAAUAUUGAAGGUAUCUAUGAGAGCUACAAGCAACUGCGACUAUUACACGACGUCUCUGCUAUUUUCUUCUUUUUGAUACUACGAAGAUGUUUUUCUCUGAGCCGUCGCUCUAACUCGGCAUUGUACUUGGUUGUUUCCUCGGGAUGUGCCCGCUGCUGUGGAUGGACCCAGAGGCCACAGAAAAGAAGAAGCGGGAGAAAACGCGCAUUGACGUGCUUAACCGGGUCGUCACGGAUGUCAACGACUUGUUGAAUGCCGAGGCCACCUUCAUGAUGAUGAUAGACCACGACAAAAAGGAAAUGUAUACAAUCGCAACGGAGAACAUCCCGGAAUUCCGCGCGCGGCUGGGCGAGGGCGUCAUGGGACACUGCGCAACAACUGGGAAAUUUAUCAAUAUCAAGGACAUACAACAAAGCGAAUUCUUCAACAAGAAACGUCACACGAACUAUCGUGACACGGGUCGAGACAUCAAGAGCGUCCUGUGCAUGCCCGUCAUGAGUACUGCAUCCAAUGCUAUUGUCUUAGGCUACAGACAGAUCUUUUGUAUAGGCCCUUUCUCCGUUAACCUAGAGAACUCCUAGAGGUGAGCAUGAGUGGGGAAACUUCUUUUCUGUGCAAACAUGAAGGUAGUUCUGUUGCAUUUUAUUACCCCAUAAAUUGGAAGAAACUCUUCGCCAGAUCUCACCGACGAGAAGUCUACGGAGCCAAUAGUUGCAGUCGUUGAGGUAAUCAACAAGAAAGCAGAUACAGGCUUCACAACAAAAGACGAAGAGGUGCUCGCGGCGAUCUGCUCUCACGUACUUACACAUACAUUCUAGGACCUCUUCCUACCUACAGCUAAAGAAUCUAUCUUGCUUAUAGGAUCGGAUAGAAAUGAGUGCAGCAUGUGCUUUAACGUGGACAAGGUAGUGAUGUCCAGGUGCUUCUGUUCAAAGUAUGAUAAACCGUUCAACAUGCAGAUUACGACGGCCUUGGCAGAGGAUCAGGCGAAGGAGUUCAAAAACGUUAUCGAGAUGUGCCGAAUGCAGAUUGUCAACCGAGAGCAGUACACGACGAUGAACCCGUAUACCCAAAGUUCUUCUUCUUCUUCUUCUUCUUCUGUAGAGAUAUGCCAACGAUAGAAUUCUUUAUUUGCUCCUCAUGAACCAUAACCUUGAUGUAAAAUCGGAGAUGAUUAUUGUAAAGCGCUCCUCCACGCAACAACAUGCUCAACUGUAGUUUUUUCAUCAUACUCAUUCCAGAGUAAUUGAGCAGCGGCAAAUGAAGUUGUUUGAGACGCUGAUGGCAGAGACGGCGGGUAUUUUACGAUGCGAAGCGGCGCACUUGCUCCUUAUCGACCCAGUGCGACAGAAGCUGAAAACCAAAGUGGGGCACCUCUUGCCUCUUCGGGAGUUCGAGCUCAACGAAGACAUCAUAGGAAAAGUCUGCCAGCGAGGACAAUUAGUAAACAUACCUGAUUUUCCUCGAAGCAAGUACUACGAUCCCGCAAAACACGACAAUUUCUUAGGGACCGGGAUUGAUAUCCGCACAAGAUUAUGCGUGCCUGUCAUCAAUACGGAGAGGCACGUGAUCGGCUGCAUGGAGGUUAUCAACAAGAAGAGCAACGAAGUUUUCAUUAUGAUGAGAUGGCCAUGCCGGGAUCUCCAGUAACGAGGAGAUCGUAACUGCUCACUAAAAAAAUUUGCUUUUUCAUGUGUUACUUGAUACUGAUACAUCUUGAUACUGAUACAUAGCUGCCUCAGAGUAUAAGUAUUAAGACGCAUCAAGUUGGUGUCCCUAGGUUGAUGUGCACGCAAGAAAUAGAACUUCGUCGACUUUGCUGACUUGUGAUCAUUUCAAUCAUUUUCUACUAGCUCUCUCUAAUUUACACACUGACGACAUUGAGCAGUUGUUGAAUAUCGCAGGGCACGUGGCACUGACGUUGGAAGGACAGGGCAGCUCGAUUCGUAAGGUGCUAGCCUUGGCGGCCGAGCAGCGGCAAAUGGUUCAAGAAAGCCGAGACUACAAACGCACGGUUACACGGCAGCAAUCGGGCCCAUUGAUUAUGAUGUUCGUUGCGGUCCACCUAGUAAAUCUUCAGGUUUCUUUACACCUCGUAGUAGUAUUGCUUUGUAGCUUUCUAUGUCAGAGAUAUUCUGAAGAUUCGCUGAUACGAGUAGAAGCAGGUGCGCUCUCCCAUGCAUCAGCAACAUAACCACCAUUAGAAUCCCUCGAUCUUCUCAGCCAAUCAAUCUUGUCAAACGUACGAAGUUUAAAGGUAAAUGUCUCACACAUUCGACUUUUUGGAAUGUGCGGCCUUGCUUUUACAUUUGAGUGUAGGUGUGAACUGGUUUAAAUCAAAAAUUCGAGCAAUGGACCUUUUGAAAGUUUUAAGCCUUUGAAGCUUUGAACCUACAGAAAAAUUGCUGUGGUCCCAAAUUUGAUUCUUCUAAGAUUUGAAAGUUUUCAAAAUUCUAUUUCUACAAUUUAACACUGAAUAAAGUCUAGUAGACUCAACGUGGAACUCUAAGACUCCUAGAAGUAGAAACAAUUUGAACUUUUGGAAAUUUAUUAAUUGCAAUUCUCAAAAUUUUUCGUUUUAUCUCGUUUUAAUUCAAUUGAAAUCCAAUAGGCUCAAUAACACAAUGUAUCUGGCGACAGCAAAAUCAUCAAUCAACUCACUCCGUAUCCAUUCAUGGCAUUCUUUCGUUGAGUGGUUGUUGUGUAGCAUUUAGGUGAAGCUUCAGGAGCUUCUUAAUUGUUGCAAAAAGUUUUAUGAUGAGGUUUCCAGAAGGUAGAGCUAGAGGCUGAAUGAAUGUGGGUGAGUGGAAGAGUAUGACUGGUCUGGGCCAUCCCUACCAAGGCGCCCCCAACUGCGAAAAGCAUACAACUUUUGCUGUAAUGUUGUAGCUGAUUGAAAAAUAUCUUCAUCGACUGAACACUGAACUGGUGCUGCUGGUUCAAGGUAACCUCGAUGGAGUGUAGGUAGCCUCAUCAACUGACUGAGCUGCUGCUCCUGCUUGAAGAAGAAGACUAGACUUCAGCGCCCGAUGGCUCUCCCUCCACUAGAAUCCUCCACCUCCUUCAGGCAUUUCCUCCGUCAAGACGCGCCUCCCGCGCUCCUCUUACGCCAGAUCGCGGCGCUUUCCUGGCGGAGUUAAUCCGCAGAAAAGGAGUCGGAACAGAGGCGCCGCGGAAUUUGACAGACGAGGCCGCUUCUCUGAGGUUUUUGAGGUGUUUCGCAGUUUGUCUGCUUUUGAAUGUAGUGCAGGUUUUUGGGAUUGGAAGCCCUGAGUGCAAAGCUUUGCACUGAGGUCCAUGAGGUGGAGACUUGGGGCGAGUUUGAAGCUUUUGGCUUGCAGCUUGAAGCCCGUGGCCGCUUUCAGUGUGAAGCUUUGAGCCUCAGCGAAGCUCUAGGCGUGAGGCUUCGGGCUUGGUGCUUCGAUUUUGAAGCUUUAGAUGGCAAGCUGAAGCCUUGGGCUCGAAGCGUUGGAUUCGUUUGAAGGGUUUGGUCUGAAGUCUUGGAUUUGAGCUUUUGUGUUUGAAGCGUUGGCCUUCAAAGUCUUGGAUUGGAGACUUUGGAUCUGCAGCGUUGGAUUUCAUCGAGCGCUGGGCCAGAACUAGAGGUCUUGGCUUUGAAAUUUUGGACUUGAAGUCUUGGGCUCGAGAUUUUGGAUUUGAAGCUUUGGGCUUGAGGUAUUGGAUUUGAGGUCUUGGAUUUGAUGGGGUCUUAGGUUUUAGUUUUUGGAUUUGAGUUUUUGAAUUUGAAAAGUGUGAGGCUUCGCCCUUGUUGAUAAAGUCAAGACUUUUGCUAUUUUUGCGCAAAGUCGCAAAUUUUUUGACUUUAUCGCCUGGCAUUUCAAUUGAAUCGCCUGCGGUCGCGAUGGGCUACACAUCACGGACAGCGCGUUGGCGGGAGUAGCGGCCCUGGGUUUAUGACACGCCACGCCCUAGGGCUCAUAAGUUCAGUCAGACGCCCAUGAGUUCAGAUGUUCAUAAGUUCAUAGGGUCAGAGGUUCAUGGUUUUGUUGUGUGAGUGUUUUCGGUUCAGGUGCUUCCGGAUCCGGUGCUGUUGGUUCAGGUGUUGUCGGUUCUUGUUUUUUUGGUUCCAGUGUUUUUGGUUCGGAGGUUGGAGGGGACGUUGUUGAUUUUUUAUUUGGCUCUUUAAUCUUGCCUGUAAGUGUAACUGGAUGCUCUAAAUUUUUGGUGCAAAUUGAACCGGAUGAAGAUGAAAAGAAUGAGGACGAAAUCGGGGAAGAGGACAUGUGGGAUGACGAUGUGGCCGCUUCGGAGGACGUUGCGCAAAUGGCGGGCAUAGCCUUUCACCCGGUUGCACAACAGUCAAGUAGGCUACAAAGCACGCGGGCAGUUUUCGGCGGAAGCCAGCGUAUGCCGACCACAGCUUCAGCAGUCCCUGACGAAACAACCUUGUUUUACGUGCACUGUUGCUAUUUGGAAGUCUUCUCUAAAUCAUCAGUGUUCUACUGUUAGUGUUAGAGUUCCUGCUGGCGACAUUGUCUCCGUGAUCUGCUGAUUUUUUAACGGGCUCGAGAUUUUUUACGUAUCCACAGCGCCAACAUAUUGAGUGUCCAUGAUCUCCCUCGCUGCACUAAGUAGCAAUCAACACUUGGAUUAGGUUUCAAGGUCUGUAUUUGCUAAAGAUUUUGUUUCCACUGACUCUAAUUUUCGCAUCAGCACACACACGCAGCACGUCAGCGGCUCGUGAAGAUGCAGCAAGAGAGCCAGUUAUUUAUUCAGUUGGACAAAGCAACGGACUUGCCAAAGGCUGACCUUUUCGGUACGAUUGACCCCUACAUCACCGUCAGUAUUGUCGAAGGAGAUCCAAAUGCGCCAGAUUACGAAGGGCCAACAACUGGGCGAGGUACUAGUUUUUUAUUAUUCCUAUUCUGUGAGUCGGGAUUAAUAUUAUGUGAUUAGGAUGUAAAGACGUAAUGUUGCGUCUCUUUUCUGCUUCGUUCAUACUGGCCCUUCCCUGCAUCUACAUCAUGGGGAGAUAAUUUAUACUUAGUAUAGAUCUUCAACAUAAAUGGGUAGGGGUUUCGUAUCAUAAUGUGAAGCAAGCAAAUAUCCUAUCCGAUCGUGCUCCAAAUGAAUACGCACUAGGUUACACAUCAGCUCUUGGGUGGGCGAAGUCGUCACCGAUUCGGCAGAAUCAAUUCCCUGUUUGGCGUGAGCGCCUUCCGAUUGAUCUUCCUCUUGAAGUCGUGGACAAUUACGAGAAUCUGUACUGCGUUACUUCUACUUGUAAAUGAAAUAAUCAUUUUGAUUUUUCGUUAGUUUGACCUUUUGUCUUUAAGUGGACUGAAGUGGGUGUCAAUACGUGGUUCGUGUUCAGGAGUGGGUUGUACACGAUAAUAGCGAAUUGUAUUGAAGAUCUGUAGUAAAAAGAUGAAUAACAUGUUGUAGUCGGGCCACAGGUACUUCGUUCAUGAUGUUGUUCAUGUUUCUUUAGACCUUUUUCAACAACAAGAAACUAUAGUGCAUCCCUGGCUUUCACGUUCAGGUACAUCCACGUAAAACUGUGGGAUUGGGAUUUUAUGAAAAGCGAUGACAUGAUCGGUGAGGUUAUUUAUCCCUUGUGCCGCGUCCUGCAGGAAGACGAGAUGCCUGUCAAGGCAUUUCCGCUACAGCCUAUGAAACAGGCGCCGGAUGAAUACGACCUGCGGAAGUCUCGGAUAUACUUAAAAUUCGGCAUCGCGCGCAAGAAAAAGAAGGAGCAGCCGACGGAUCCUUCGCUGGAUGCAAAGAAUCCCCAAGUCGUGGCAUCCCAUCGCACCAUGGAAUCCGGGUGGUCGUGA